AUGGCUCUUGUGAUAUGCCGAAGAUUUCCAGGCAGUUUCUGUGGGACACCUCCCCGACCAACUCUAAUCAAGUACCAUACCAACAAGAAAUUGUCUGGUCAGACCUGGGAGGACUGUGUUUUGACUGGCAAAAAGAUCAGUACUGACACCAGAAUGGGAGCCACUCUCAAGCUGUUAAAACCUUUAGGAUAUCAAGGGUUUUGCAGUCCUCUUGCCUACAGUGCAACCCAAAGUGUGGCAUAUUGGAAUGUGGGAAGCAGCACAUGGCCCAGGGGACACGGCCCUACAAAACAAGUUGAGAACAUUUGUAGCACCUCCUCUUCUCGGAGGAUCCUGACAACCAGCCAUGCCCUCCUGGGUUGGGAAUUCAGCAAGGCCUCUGCCUCUAAGGCCAGCACGUUGCAGCCAGCCUCACCAGGCACCACGAGAGUUGAAAAGGACGUGGAAGUCUUUGAUUCCUUUCAAGAUCCUCGAGCUUUCCUACAGCUGAGACCAGAGUACCAGCUUCACAGCUAUAACAGAUCUGAAACUGGUCCGCCCCUGUCAGUUUCAGAAGGUGAACUAAUUUUGCACCAAAUCACAGUUUUUCAAAAUAAUCUCCAGCCCCAAGUCAUUGCUGAUUAUUUCUGUAAGCUGAGCUCUUUGCCUGCAGAGCAACAUCCUGUUUUGCUGUCCGGUACUAGCUUUACUUUGCUCUGCCAGCUGAGUGUGAAAAACAUAGAGCUCUUUGAGACCCCAGAUCUGAUCUGCAGUUUGAAAGCCUUUGUCAGUUUAGGAAUCCCUCAUUCCCAUCCAAUGCUAGAUGUGUAUGAAACCAAAAUUUGCCAUCAUGUGUGGGAAAUGAACCUGGAUCAGCUUCUUUUGGUGGCUGACCUCUGGCGGAACUUGGGCCACAGGGUACCUCGGUUUUUAAAAAUCUUUUUUAGUUAUCUCAGUAUUCACUGGAAAGAGCUUUCCUUACCACAACUGAUUCACUUAAUAUAUAUUAUAGGUGAAAGUCGGCAGGCCCCUCAGGACCUAAUGCAAAAACUGGAAUCACUGAUCCUCAAGUACAUAGAUCUGAUCAAUUUAGAGGAGGCUGGUGCAAUUUGUUUGGGGUUCUUUAAAUCAAGUAGUAGUCUCUCUGAAUUUGUCAUGAGGAAAAUCGGAGACUUGGCCUGUGCUGACAUGCAGCAUCUGAGUAGUUAUGCCUUAGUGAAUAUUCUUAAAAUGUUCCGCUUUACACAUGUGGAUCACAUACAUUUCAUGAAACAAUUUGGACAGAUUGCUCCUCAGCGAAUUCCUUCCAUGGGAGUUCAAGGUGUCAUGCAUCUGACUCUGGCCUGCUCGGCCUUACGCAUCCUGGAUGAAAGGGUGAUGAAUGCUGUAGCUGCUUCUUUGCCUCCUAGAGUAGCACACUGUCGAAGUAAAGAUGUUGCUAAGAUUUUGUGGUCAUUUGGAACUCUGAAUUAUAAGCCACCCAACACAGAAGACUUUUAUUCCAGCCUGAUCAAUGAGAUUCACAGAAAGAUGCCUGAGUUUAACCAAUACCCAGAACACCUGCUCACCUGCCUGCUGGGCUUGGCGUUUUCUCAGCACUUUCCAGUAGAGCUAAUAGAUUUUGCUCUGAGUCCAGGGUUUGUCAGGUUAACUCAGGAGAGAAGUAAGUUUGAACUCACUAAGGAGCUGUGUACCCUGGAUGGCACAGUUGGCAUUGAGUGCCCACAUUACAGAGGCAAUCGUCUUAACUCUCACCUUCAGCAAGAGGGAUCAGAAAUACUGUGGAAUUUAGCAAGGAAAGAUAUGUGCUCAAAACCUGAAUUCCUAGAAGCUCUCUUUUUACUUGAGACCAUGUUGGGUGGGCCCCAGUACAUUAAACACCAUAUGAUUUUGCCUCAUACCCGAUCUUCUGACAUAGAGGUUCAGCUUGAUGUCAACAUGAAGCCAUUACCAUUCAACAGAGAUGCCACAUCAAUUCAAGAUGUAACCAAAUUAAAGCUUAAGCAUGUGGGAGUCAGCCUUACAGACAAUUUGCUGAAUCAGUUACUAAAAGGAAAAUCAAGAGGGCAUUUCCAGGGGGAAAUUGAGUCAGAAAUUGGGCAGCAGCCCAUGGAGUUAGAGAAGAAGGCAGCCACAUACUUGGGGGGCUCCCGUGGCAACAUGGCAGACAGGUUGGGGGCCUUGGAGAUGGCUGACCUAUUAUGCCCCCCAGCCCACUUGCAGGCCCCGCUAGUGAAGCUGGCUAUUCAGUUGACAAAUAAGAACCAGUAUUGCUAUGGUUCCAGGCAUCUGCUUGGACUGCACAAUAUGAAGAGGCGGCAGCUGGUUCGGCUUGGGUAUCACGUGGUCGAGUUAACCCAUUGGGAAUGGCUCCCACUGCUGAAACGAACUCGCUCAGAAAAGCUGGCAUUCCUUCAUGAGAAAGUGUUUACCUGUGAGCUCUGA